AUGGAUGAAUACAAAGCAUCCAUUCCAGGAUAUGUACAAUGUUUAUUGGCUGGUGGAAAUCAAGAAACAUGUGUUUCAGAAGGACCCAAUUUUGCAGCUUACUUUAUGUUUUACUUUUUCAUUCGUCUCUUUGGUAUUCUCUUAUUUUGUAUAUAUGGCACCUCUGAGAAUGCUAGAAAUAUUUGGAUCCAUUCAACUUUACUCAACCAUCCAGCUAUCAAACCAUUCUUAUUGAAAUACAAUAUCGUCAAUUAUAAUAGUGUUACUGUAUUUGGUAGUGGCAUGGCAGCAACCAAUUCAAAGUCAAUGACAUCUGGUAAAAAUAAAAGUCGAUGA